AUGGAGAAGGCACAGAGUGAGAUCGGCGAGCCCUCCGUCGUUGCUGCGUCCGCCGCCGCUGCCUCCGCCUCUCUAGAUCCACCGCUCCAGAUCGCCGUCGUCAAGCCGCUCCAGAUCGGCGAGCCCUCCGUCGUUGCUGCCUGCCUCCGCCGCUCCCGAUCCACCGCUCCAGAUCGCCGUCGCCAAGCCGCUCCAGAUCGUGUUGUCGAGAGGGAGGCUUCGUCGGGAACGAGGCUUGCCGUCGCAGCGGCGGCUGACGCCGUGGCCGAGGCCGACGAGGAGACGAAAGCAAGUUCAGGGUUCCAUCAAUUGUUUUCUCAUUUGAUAUUCAACGUUGUUCUUCAAAUGGUUUUGGGAAAGCGAUAUUUUAGUUUAGGAACCGUGGAUGAUGAGAAGGCAGGGAGAUGUGUGAAGGCUGUGAAGGAGUUCAUGCGUCUUUUCGGGGUGUUCACAGUGGGAGAUGAUGUUCCUUGGUUAAGAUGGUUUGAUUUUGGAGGCCAUGAGAAGGCCAUGAAAGACACUGCCAAGAAAAUGGAUAGUCUUGUAAGUGAGUGGUUAGAGGAGCAUAGACAAAACAAGGCUUUGGGUGGAAAGGUUGAUGGAUUUCAAGAUGUAUAUAUGUUCAUACAUGAAUUUCGAUUCUCUGCUGUAACUUUUGUAUAA